AAGGGGGCGGGGUCAGGCAUCCGGUCGGUGGUGGUGUGUAAGGCGAUGUUUCACCGAAUUCCCUGGUUCGCGUGCUGAAAUGGACCGGACCGGGUCGCGCGCGUCCUUUCUCAGGGUCCGUGUGUUUGUCUGAAGCGGCGCGCGCGCGCGCGUUACAGCCUGUGUAUCUCGGACACAACGGAAUUAACGCAAAAGGCUGUAGAGGAACAUCGCAGCUAACGGAUCGUAUAUUUAGUAGGUUUACUGUCCCGGUUUUGGAGAGUGUCGGAGGAAACCGUGUGGAUACCAGGAGGUGUGUGUCUGUGUGUGUGUGUGUGUGUGAUGAGGGGUGUGUAGUGAUGAAGAAGAUGAUGAUGAUGAUGAUGGUGGUGGUGGUGAUGCUGAGCAUGGCCCUCUGCUGCAUCUCUACAUGACAGAGAUGCCUGAAACUGGAAGGCAGCCACGCAGGAUGAUGGACGUCUUCCAUGGAGGAAACACGUCAGGUUCAUGCAUUAUGUCAUAAACAGCAAGCAGGAUGGAGAAGUCAGAGGGAGAAAGGGCAGGUUUGAGGGCAAUGCCUGUGAAGGCCCGGCGUCUGAUUGGCUGCUGCUUGCUCCUGCUCUUGGCAUUGAUGCUUGUUUCCAUAGCGACUACAAGCACACCUGUGUCAGAGAAACUCCCGUCCGGUCUAUCCAAACGGGACUCUGGUUUCUUCCCGACACAUGCAGGCUUACAACAAGCUUUGUUAUCCUUAUCGCAAUACUCAGAAAAUCCCAGAAGCAAAGCUCAUACAUCAUCAGAUGCCAAGCAUCCUGCACAACCUGUUCGCCAUGACAAUGCAUCUGGCAUAGCUCCUACACCAUCCCUAGGUGCUGAUGGUGGGUCAGGUAACCUAGGUGAUAGUGCACAUGGCAUUCACCUGCUGCUACGUCCUCCAGACCUUCUCACACCAAGUCAGAUGCCUCCUCUUCAUGGCCACAGCCCACCUACACCGGCUCCUCCUACUUUGCUUACACAUGAAGACUUGGACUCUGCUCAGUCUACAGAAGUAGACUGGGGUUCUGGGGAUUACCUGGAGACUUUAACCUUCAUGGGCUCUGACGGUGAUGACCUUUCGUUGGUCACCACCCUUCCCACACAUGGAUAUGACUCAUAUGAAAUUGAGGAUGACGACGCUGGAGUCCGUUACAACACCGACUUUCCAUCACGGCCUGUUCCAACUCUUUCCUCUGGGCAUUUGCUACCGAGUGUAACUCUUGGAUAUGGAACUAGCCUAAGGACUGCCCACCCCUCUGAUCCCCGCCUGCCCCAUGUCCCAGAUACUGCCCAGGAUGAUCUGGAUUUUGACUGGGCAGAACUAUACCCUAUUGAACCCACUGAAAUGCUGCUUCCAGAUAUGAACAGUAUGGAGUAUUACAACACGCUACUGGCCAAAGAGAAUGCUAGUGCUGCUCGCAACCAGACACACCUGACUCCCCCUCAUAUCACUCCUACAGCGACUCAUACACAACUUACAGCCUCCACGCACACACUCACCCCUUCUCUGGGUGUUGGCCCUAAUACAGUAACAGAACAAGUAGAUACACCUCACUCCAUACCUGGAGUUACCCCCACUCCUCCACAAAAAACUACUGUACAGCCUGCUGAAGUACCUUCUUACCCAGGGAAGGGGUCUCCUCGACCAGCUUUACCAGACACUAAAGAAGGUAGUGAACAACCUGUAGUUCCAUCAGUUAUCCCACAGGGUCCAGACAUCCAGGCUGUAACAGUUAAAGUCCCUUCUGCUCACAAACCUCAAACAUCUACCAAAGCUAUGACUACCACUACAACAACUACAACCACCAUGUCCAAACCAGUACCUCCUGCUCCCAGAAUCCCACUUCCCAUUGCACCCCGGCAGUAUGUCUGCAACAUCACCAAGCAAGACAUGUACCUGGUCAGAGUAGGCAUGCCAAGUGCGACCUCUGUGGCGUUUGCGAAGGCUCAUGUGAAGGAGAUUUUGAGGCGAGAGUUCAACCGGACAGUAGAGCUGCAGGUACUUAAAGCUCCACCCAAUUUUGUUUUCCGGGCCGUAUCUGGCCCAAACGUAUACACCGCCGUGUCAAUCAUCAACACCCUCCGCCAAUCAGCUCGCAGCACUUCGUCCUCCACAAUCCUCACUGUCACACCUAUAUAUCCCGUACCCGAACACAUCAAUCAGGUGCAUUCAGUUUUGCAGUUUGUUCCGAGCCACGUGGACGUGCGUGUGUGCAGCUUCAGUGAGCGUGUGGAGCGGGGACUCUUCAUGGCUUAUUCAGAAGUUCGCAGGCGAUUGCAGGAGAACGGGAACUUCUCUGUUCUUAUCUUGAACAUCACCGUCAGUUUGGCCAAAGGCCAGAAGCAGCAGAAAACUCCAGUGGACAUCACGUUCGCCAUCCGAGAUUCUCACGGCUACCUCAGAGGCUCCGACGUCAGCGCUCACCUGAGACAGCUGCAUGUGGUGGAGUUCAGCUUCUACCUGGGCUUUCCUGCAGUGCAGAUCGCAGAGCCUUUUCAUUAUCCGGAGUUAAACGUAUCUCAUCAUUUGCGAUCGUCUUGGGUAAAGACAGUGUUACUGGGCGUGUUAGAUCAGCGUGUGAGUGAGCGGACGUUCCUUGCUAAAAUGGAGAGGAGACUGGCUGUGCUGGUGGGAGAGGGGCUUGGGCUCGGUGGUGGGCGUCGCUGGAGACGAGCAACCACUGUGGGCAACAACAGCGUGCAGAUUGUACGAGCUUUACGCCUGGACGGGGCAGAUAACCCUCUAGAGCUGGUGUAUUUUGUGGAGGCGGGGUCAGGUGAGCGGCUGUCGGCUCAGACUACAGCUGCCAUGCUGAACAGACUCAACCUACAGAGGGCAGCAAUUGUGUUGGGCUACCGUGUGCAUGGGAUACUGGCUACACCGGUGGAGAAGUUAUCCCUGACCCCGUCUGAGACGCAGCCCAGUAAUGUGUGGCUGAUUAUUGGGGUGGUGGUCCCAGGGGUGGUGGUCCUCCUCAUCAUCAUCAUCCUCUACUGGAAACUGUGCCGCUCUGAGAAACUGGAGUUCCAACCAGACGCCAUGAGCACCAUCCAACAGAGACAGAAGGUCUGGGUCGAACCAUUUCACAGUCUCCAGGCCCCAAGUGUGAAAGGCUUUGACUUUGCCAAGCUCCACCUUGGACAGCAUAGUAAAGAUGACAUCAUGGUGAUCCAAGAACCCUCUCCUUUGCCUCCAUCUGUCAAAGAGGCCACGCCUUCUGAAGGUGGAGAACUGAACACACCUAAAUCCAAAAGCUCAUCCACUAAAGUGUCACGUGCAGCUCGUAGGAGGAGCAGAUUGUCCCCAUCUGAUGGUGACUCAUUGGCCAGUGAGGCGUCCAGUGGCCGAGAGUCAGCUGAGGAAAGCACCAGACCUGCAGUCACACCCAGUGACAGCAAACCUCAUCACCGCAAGAGCAAACAUGCCAAGAACAAACUUGGUGCGACAUCAGGCAGCGGAGCUGAUGAACAGUUAUCUUCCUCCUCUAUAUUUGACCAUGUGGAUCGACUGUCUCGAGGCUCGUCUGAUGGAACACGCCGGGUCUCCAAUAAGGUCCAGUUAAUCGCCAUGCAGCCUGUUCCGAGCCCGUCCUCUCAUUCACAUAACCAAGCCCUAAGCCCCGCCCUCAGUGAAAGGAUUGCGGAUGGAGGCAAGGUUAGCUCAGAGAUCCAGGUUGCUCUCAGGCAUAAGUCUGAGAUCGAACACCACCGAAAUAAGAUACGACUGCGAGCCAAGAGAAAAGGCCACUACGAGUUUCCGUCCAUGGAGGACAUUAUAGCGGUGUUCGGAGACAGCUCAGAGCAGCAGCGGGUGUAUCAGCAAGCCCAGGAGCAAAUACACAAGAUCCUGCAUCCUAAUACACAAAUAGCUUCACCCAAUAGAGAGCCUCACAGGAGAGGCAGACGUUCUCCCAGACAGCGUCAAAGGCAGAAUUUGAGUGGAAACAGCAGCCUGACAGAUAAAGAUCGUCUCAUUUCUGAUGGCGAUGCCACAUACAGGAAGUACCCUGGAGUCAACAACGUGGCCUACAUGUCGGACGCAGAUCGGCUCCCUGAUGUCAGCAGCCCUUCCCCGACUGAUGAGGUAUUUGUUGACCCGGGGUCUCCGCCUCCUGGACCCGCCCCUGCUCCACCUGCUUAUAUUCCACCUCAGCCAAGCAUCGAAGAGGCGCGUCAGCAAAUGCACUCCCUGUUAGAUGAUGCAUUUGCCUUGGUCUCACCCUCCUCUCAGAGCAGCUCCGCCCCUCUGAACAUCACUGGGGUAACAACAAUUCCUGGAGAAGAAGGAGUCAGUCCUGGUCCACCCUCUAGUCCACCACCGCGUUCUGUCCGCCAGUGGGGCUCGUCAUCCUACCCAGCAGCCCCUGCACACAGUCCCUUCUCUGCAAGGUAUGCUGAAUUAGGAAUGUCCCCUACAUCUGUACAAAACUUAUUGCACAGGCAGACGAUGGGCUCAGGAUAUCUGGCAUCUGGAGAGCUACAGUCUGAUCCAGGUUACACAAGCAGCGGACAGUAUGGGGAUGAUAUCUCAUCAUCCUCCCGACCACGACCUGUAGGGGGCAGCACAGGUGCACAGCUACAUCAGCUGACACAGGUAGGCCUGUCCAGUCAGAUCGCUGUGUAUCCCGGAGUGGGACGUAGUGUAUCCGGACCCUCAGGAUCCAGCUGGGCCCAGUACCGUUCAGACGAAGAGGUCUCCAGACCUGGAAAUAAUCCGGAGGCUAUCCUGUCGUUCCCAGAGUACUCCUCAUCACCCGUGUUCCAGAUGCCCCGGUCGUCCCUUAGAGAUCCUCCCAUGCCCACAGCAGGCUACAGCGGUCUGGAGGAAGCCUCUCCAACUGUGCAGUCCUCAGCUUCACUUAUCAAGGCCAUCAGGGAGGAGCUGCAAAGACUCUCCCAGAAACAACCAGCCAUGACAGUCUACCACAGUUGAGAAACACCGUGCCGAACACUGGCUAAACUCCGCCCAUAGUUGAUCCCUGAACUAGCUGAUUAUAAACAUGCUACCUAAUCCCUCACUGAAUACAUGCACCAGAGCCACGGUUUGUAAGAACCCUAUUUCUAUUCAUAUUCAGCAGGCUGGACUGAUACUCAAAGAGAUACCACUGCUGAGCAACAAUACAUGGACCAUUUGGAUAAAACCUGAGGAGGGAAAAACCCCCAGCAUACCACUAAUCAGACAUCACUAACUUAAAAUACAACAAGUCACCUCACUCACGAAUAUCCAAUAGAAACUCUUCUCUCCUAAACUGCAUGCUAUUUGGAAAUAGUUAUACAGAAGAAAAAAGAGACGUUUGUGAUUUUUUUUCCCCUCAAAUCCAGCGUGAGACCCCUUCUCUCCUCAGUGCCAUUUCUUACAUGUCGGUCAAAGUGCUUCCUUCAGAAGGGUCAUCAUCCAACCCCUCGAUUUCCUCUGGUGCUAAAUCUCAUUCCCAUUUUCAUCAUCCAUGCCUAAUAAUUGUAGCAGUGAUCACCAAUGGCUUUUCCUUUAAAUCUACGUUUCUGUUUAAUUUAGUUCCAAAAAAAAACAACACACAGAUGCAGGAUACCAUGAUUAUGUGUGUUACGAUGGCUGUUCGAUGGCUUUAAACAGGGAAAGUAUAAAUAGUCUAUUAUACUCAAAAACAUUCUUGUAUCAUUUGAGAAGAGUUUUGGGAUGAAAGGAUGUGAGCUAAUCUGAUGACACGACAUCAGAUAGAGAAAGACGAAAUGAACGGUGGCUGUGAACAAAGGAAAUUAUAUUUGGAUCAACAGCAGUCAGAAAGAACAAGAGGCACAACAUAUAAGAGCUCUAUUUAUGAGACCCAUGACACAUCCUUCGUACAAUUUAUCCAACUACAAUUACUUUGCUUUUUACUGCGAAAUAUGCUUUGUUCGGCGUUUAGGUUUAGUUCUAAAACCGUUACUUCAUCCAUGUUCUCCCUGUGCCUUGGGGGUUUCUCCGGGUUCUCCAGUUUCCUCCAUCAGUCUAAAGACAUGCAUUGUUGGCUGACUACCAUCUCUAAAUUGUCUGUAUUGCGUGAUAGGGUGUGUGAGUGUACGUGUUAUUGUUCCCUGAGAUAGACUGGCAUCCUGUCCGGACUGUUUCCUUGCCUGUGCCCCGAGUCUCAUUGGAUAGAUUCCCGGUUUCCCACAAGCCAGUAUGAUAAGCAGUGUGGAGAAUGAAUAGAUGGAUGGAUGGACAAAAAAUCAUAGAUAGGGUGUGUAGGAUGCUCUGUUUGAGAAUGCACAAUCAUCACAUAGUUUUUUGUUUUUUUUUUGCUUCAAGCCAUCCAUUUAAUUUAACGCUAGAUCUUCUGGAACAGAUUUGGUGACCACUGACUUACAGAGUUUUACCCAUGUCCCGUCUUCUGUCCAAACUCUACUCUUCAGUCCAUUUGUGCAUCAUCACAAAAAAAGUAGCCACUCUGUUGCCUGUUCCAUUUCUCCGGUGGAUCAAAAUGCCAAAAUGUUCACUCAGUUAAAAGAAGGAUUACGUCAUGAGACCCAAACUGAAGGAAAGUUGUUGCUCGGUAUCAUCACGACUUUAUGUCACCGUCUAUUCAGAAUGCUGGGACGAAUUGUAUUUGUAUUUUUUUUUUUUUUGAGCUUGUUUUUGCCUGUGAAUCGUGAGAGUUUGGCUGUGCCGUGAGCCGGUGUCUUCAUUUAGAGUAGGGCACGCUUAGCGCUUUCCCCCUUGGUGUGGAUAGUUCUCAGUUUACAGCUGUUUGUUUUGCACAGUUUUUCAUCUUUGCACAAUGUUUUCACAGUUGCAAUGCUAAAAAUUCUUAUAAGGGUAUCUAGAAAUAAGAGAAAACUGUUCAGUACAGAUAUAUAUAGAUAUGCUUUAUAUAUAUAUAUAUAUAUAUAUAUAAAGAAUUAUAAUAUACAUAAAUACAUAUAUCAAUUGCAUAUUGAUGUAUUCCUGAUGAGCACAAUAUGAUUGUACUGUAUGUCUAAACUAUAUUUAGAUUUUCUUUAUUUUCUUUAUCACUAUAAAUAUAUGAAGACAUUUACAUGUUGGAUAAUGUGUUGGUAUGAGAUAUGAGAAUAUAAAAAAAAGACCAGAUCACUGUUAAGGCAUAUAGAUGGUUUAGCUCAGUAGGCAAGCUGUAUUUCCGUGUAUACAAUCAUGUGAAUUUGGGCUAAGAAUUUUAUUUUGUCGUCAUGGUGGUUGUAAGGUUAUGUGACGAGAUGGACCUGUUAUGUAUUGUGUUGUACACCAUGCCAUUUAAAAAAAAAUCAUUUCUCUGACAAUUCAAAUGGAGCAUAUACUCACCCUAACAGGCCUUAAGUCAAGCUGCAUGUUAAUUAUUGCUUUUUUUUUUCUUAUUUUAAUGUGUUGAUGUCUUGAUGGGCAUGCUACUAUAUAUGCUUUAAAAAAAAAGAAACAUGCUUAAAAACUGUGUGAAAUCCUAAAACAAGCUUGAUAGAUAGAUUUUGUUGAACUUGAGUGAAUAAUGUGUACUAACUGGUGGUAGAGGAGAUUAAACAUGAACGGUCAAAGCACAGAUUAGUCAUUGUGAGGGGAGAGAGAGAGAGAGAGAGAGAGAGAGAAGCUUCAAUAUUUUGCAAUUUAUAUACAGUACCUGAGUAAUAUUUUUUUGAAACCGCUGAAAAGUCAGUAUUUCUGAAUGAAAUAUAAAAAUACAGAGAGAUAUAAUAUGUAUAUGGACCAUUUUAAAAAUAAAAAUGUGUAAAGGUAAAUGUCAUUCUCUAAAGCAGACUUCUGCAAAGACCAACUGGGAAAAGUUUUCUUUGGGUAUAACACCAGUCAGUCAGUCAGUCAGUCAGUCAGUCAUGUACAGAGCAACUGAGGUGACAUGGUGGAUGUUUUUGAAUAGAAGAGGAUGAGAAAUGUGUCUCUGAUUGUAUUACCUGAUUCGAUGGCUUAACGUUAUGGAGCGUCAUACAUAACACGUGACCUCUAGAAUAAUUUAGCAGGAAUGUGGAGAAUUCCUUAAGGCUAGGGGUAUUUCCAUACCUUGGAGUAUGGAGUACCUUGUGUCAUGCCCAAGUCCCCUGGUAUAGAGUCCAGAUUUGCCAUGAACCUGUGUAGGAUUAAAUGGAUGGAUGGAUGGAUGGAUGGAUGGAUGGAUGGAUGGAUGGAUGAAGCAUAACUGAACCAGCUGUCAUGAGUUAAGUACUUCAUGACUAAGAAAUAGAUCUUGAGGAACUUCAAUCAUAAGCUCAAUAUAAUAAACUGUAGCAACAACAUAUUGAAAAAAUACACCAUGUCACAUCAGCAGCUCUGUAGUCAGUAAAGUAACGUUUAAAUAUGAAUACUUUAUUUACAUUAUUAUCAUGCCAUGUUUCGGCCACUUGACCAAUAUGGUGCUAUUCAAUAUAUUUAUUUAUUUGUGUGUGUGUGUGUGUGUGUGUGUGUGUGUGUGUGUGUGUGUGUGUGUGUGUGUGUGUGUGUGUGUGUGUGGGUUGGGUGGGCUGUUGGGUGGGUGGUUGAGUGGGUAAGAAUGACACAGUGUUAACCCAGUAAAAACCCAACUUUUGCUGUUGAAAUGAUUCAGAUGUUUAUCUCUGAUAUCUCUAGAAUCAGAUAGGCCUAGGCCUCAGGUUUAUGUGAGUGUGAGAUAUUGAGGAAGAGAAAUUACUGUUUUUGUUCAUGUCUAAGUGUGUAAGUGCCAUAAAGAAGGAUAUUGAAAGCUCAUCGGAAUAUUCCAGCAUUUUUACAACCUAAUGUCUAUCAGCUUUAUUCCUAGCAUGUUCCUAUGUGAUUACUGCAGGUGAGAGUUUGGACAUUUUUCUGCAUUAAGAAAAGAAUUGGAUGGUGUUAAAGGUGAUAAAAUAAAAGUAUCAAAAUUAUAUACUCAAUUAUAAUUUUAUGUAACUACAAAAAUAAAUAAGUAAUUGCUAUUGUAAAAGGUUUCAAUUUCCAUUACGUAAGUCUACAAAGUAUUCAGAAAAGUAAAGCUUCAUUAAACACACAGAUUUCAGUGUUUCUGUUACAAAGUGAACAAGAACCAUGGUAAAGCAUUCCUCAGGCAGAAUUACCAACAACUCUAUACAUAAUCUUUCAAAUGUUAGCUAGCAUAAUAUCUGAAAGCUAAUCUCUUGAUGUUUGUAACACAAACUGCAGUGAUAAAUACAAAUAAAUACAAAAGCGCAUGUAGCUUUAACCCUAACCCUGAUGGAUCUUACAGUAGGUCUCAUUCUCACUGUUAAAGGUCAAAUUUGUUAUGAAGUUGGAUUGAAUUUAUUUCUGAAAGUCUGGCUAGGUUUCAAGAACGCUGGAGUAUUCCUGGAGUAUAGUAAAGAAUGAUCAUUUUAGUCACUUCUAAAGUCCCCAUUUACACCCGAUUUCUUCUUCUGAUAUGUCUGGAUUGAAUUCUGAUCACAUUUUAUGAUUGUUUACACUUCUUGUCAAAUGGUGAUUUGAAUACUGCCACAACUGCCACUUUGUGUCAGUAUGCAAAUCAGAUCCUAAUAUCAGCUUUGGCUGUUGCUAGUUUUCAGUUGGUUCAUGGCAGUAAUAAUGGCUGCAAUAACUAAAAUCUCUAAAACUAAAAUAAAGAAAAUCUCCAACUUUGGUAAUCUGGAAUAAUCUAGAUAGGGUUUCAGUUCAGUUCAAUUCAUUUACACUUAUACAACAUUUCUGGUUAAAACGUGUCUCAGGUCUCAAGUGGAUUGGAUUUAAAUCUGUUUUAAACCCAAAUCUGUUCAUUUCCAUAUAUCCAUAUCCAGAUUUAAUCUCCAUUCUCAAUGCACUAUUUCGAUGUUUUAAACUGGACACAUUUACAGUUUGAGUCUAUCCAGAUCAGUGUUAUCAACAUAAAAAGCAUAGUAAAUGCACCCAUUUAUGUGGAUAAUCUUCAUCCGGAUAUAAUCCAGAGUGUAAAUGGGGUCACAUGAUAUCUAGGUUCCUUGUUAGCACCUGGGAAACCUCUUUCCUUUUUGUGUCUAUAUUACAUUUCACUCUCUUGGUCUCUGCAAACUGCAUCCCUGUAUUUAACAUGUACUGUCUCUAGAUUGUUGUGCAAAAACAAGGGAUAAUAAAAUCAUGUGCAUUCAAAAUUA